CAAAUUCUAAAGCUUACUCACUCAUAAGCUUAUCAGAGGAAGAACAAUGGCUACCUCUGCUCUAAAGGGAAGAUUGGAGGGAAAAGUUGCAAUAAUAACAGGAGGAGCAGCAGGCAUUGGAGAAGCCACGGUUCGGCUGUUCACCCAAAAUGGAGGCAAAGUGAUAAUAGCAGACAUUAAAGACAAUGAAGGUCAAAAGCUUGCUGAAUCUGUGUCUGAGUGGGCAACUUAUAUUCACUGUGAUGUGAGCAAAGAGGAGGACGUGAGAGCAGCAGUGGAUUUGGCCAUGCAAAAGCAUGGGCAAUUAGACAUUAUGUUCAACAAUGCAGGUAAGGGAGAUGGGCAUAAAAGCAGUGUUGCAGAUUAUGAGAUGGAGCAGUUUGAAGCCACCAUGAAUGUGAACGUAAAAGGAGUGAUGCAUGGCAUUAAACAUGCAGCUCGUGUGAUGAUACCCAACAGAAAAGGGUGCAUAAUUUCCACAGCCAGUAUUGCAGGGAUGAUGGGAGGCAUUGCACCAUAUGCUUACACUGCCUCAAAACAUGCAAUAAUUGGGCUGACUAAGAAUGGUGCAGCAGAGCUUGGGAAGUAUGGUAUCAGAGUGAAUUGUGUUUCUCCUUCUCUGAUUGCAACUGGGAUUUUAAUGGAGUUUGUAGGGACAGAAGAUAAGGGUGCAGUGGAGGCUUGGGGUACAAGUGUAGGCAACUUGAAGGGAGUGGUUCUUAAGGCAGAGGAUGUUGCAGAGGCUGCUAUGUUUUUGGCCAGUGAUGAAUCUAGAUAUGUCAGUGGCCAUAAUCUUCUUGUGGAUGGAGGUUUCACAGUUGUCAACCAUGACUGGGGAUUGUAUAGGAUAUAAGGGAUUUGGAUGGAUAUUCAGUUCUUAGGAUUUUAUAGCAGUGGAUUACAAGUCUGUGGAUCAAUAAUACGAUUACAUUUAUAUGUUUUAAUGUUUUUUUAAGUAUGCUUUGGAAUUGUUAUCAGCCAGCUAAAACCCUCAUCCCCCAGGUUCAGGGUGUCUGUUUUUGGGAUAGUAUCUUGCUAUCUUUUUUCUUGUGUUGGUCAGGGUUGCUGAUGUUUUAUGUCUAUCUAUUUGGGCAGCCUUAUCUGUUGGGUUCCAGUCCCUGGUUCUCUUUUGUAAGGGGUUUCGGGUCCCCUCAAAACCUGUUUUUACCUUAAUCGAAAACAAUAGUAAUUAAAUGAUC